AUGAAUGGAAUACAGGUAGACAUUAAUCGUUUGAAAAAAGGUGAAGUCAGUUUGGGUACCUCAAUUAUGGCUGUGACAUUUAAGGACGGUGUGAUACUAGGUGCUGAUUCACGUACUACCACUGGUGCGUAUAUUGCUAACCGUGUGACAGACAAAUUAACCAGGGUGCAUGAUAAAAUUUGGUGUUGCAGAUCCGGAUCUGCAGCAGAUACGCAAGCAAUUGCUGACAUUGUUCAAUAUCAUUUAGAAUUAUAUACCUCUCAAUAUGGUACCCCCUCCACAGAGACUGCGGCCUCCGUAUUCAAAGAACUAUGCUAUGAGAAUAAGGAUAACCUGACUGCCGGUAUAAUCGUGGCUGGAUAUGAUGACAAAAAUAAAGGAGAAGUAUACACCAUUCCAAUAGGUGGUUCAGUACAUAAACUACCUUAUGCGAUAGCAGGCUCCGGAUCCACUUUUAUAUAUGGGUAUUGUGAUAAAAAUUUUAGAGAUAAUAUGUCAAAAGAGGAAACCGUAAAUUUUAUAAAGCAUUCGCUCUCGCAAGCUAUCAAAUGGGAUGGUUCUUCAGGUGGAGUCAUAAGAAUGGUUGUUUUAACAGCAGCAGGUGUGGAACGUUUGGUAUUCUACCCCGAUGAGUAUGAACAACUACAAUAA